UAAAGCCCUAGACGCUCUAAAUGUCUUUAACUAGAAGGUUGAACAUUGUCCUAAGGUGAGUAUAAAGUGCUUAAUUUUGUUUUUGAGAGAAAUAGUCACAAUUUGUAGAUUUUUCUAAGACAGAAUGAUUGAUGUAUGCAUAUAUUUAUGAUUGUGUUAUUGCAUUUGAAUUAACACGGUUUGAGGUUUGGGCUAAUCAACAGUUCAUUGAAUAUAGCAGAUUUCAAGAUAGACGAACCAAGGGCUCUUCUGUCUUGCUUGAAAACUUUCCAUUAUGUCUGAUCAUUUUUAGGUUUCUGUUUUAUUUUGAUCGCUUGACACAUGAAUUGGGAGCAUAUCUAAUGCAAAUGACCAUGAAAGAAGCAUUUUAUAUUGAAAAAAGCUGAACUAUUUCGUUUUUGUAGCUUUUUUCCCUCAUUUUGUUUCAUGUUUUCUUUGGGGUAUGUUAAAAGCAGCUAGUUUCUGAUUGUAUAAACUGUAUAUAUAGUAGUAAUCUAAAUAGCUAGAGUUCCAAUAAAUGAGAUUUUUAGGUUUAAACUUCAUGCAUAUGUGCUGGAAUUUCUUCUGAAUAAGAUUCUGAAAGUUCGAAAAUUUCUAGGUCGAUCGCUAGAAGAGCAUUUUUAUUGAGCUAAGAAAAAAGUACAUGGCUUCUCCAGCUAAUAUGGUUCUAGGCUCCAUUGCCUUUGCAACCUUCUGGGUAUUUGUAGUUUUUCCUUCAGUUCCAUUUAUGCCAAUAGGGAGAACUGCGGGCUCCAUACUAGGAGCCAUGCUUAUGGUUUUAUUCAGAGUCAUGACUCCAGAUGAAGCUUAUGCUGCAAUUGAUCUCCCAAUCCUUGGUCUUCUAUUUGGAACAAUGGUUGUUAGUAUAUAUCUUGAAAGCGCAGACAUGUUCAAAUAUUUGGGGAAGUUGCUUUCAUGGAAGAGUAUGGGACCUAAGGACUUACUUUGUCGAAUUUGCCUGAUUUCUGCCAUUUCAAGUGCUCUUUUCACCAAUGAUACCACUUGUAUGAUUUUGACAGAAUUUGUGCUUAAAAUUGCAAGGCAACAUAAUCUACCCCCUCUUCCAUUCCUGCUUGCUCUUGCCACAAGUGCAAAUAUCGGGUCUGCAGCAACUCCAAUUGGAAACCCCCAAAACCUGGUUAUAGCAGUUACGAGCAAAAUUUCCUUUGAGGAGUUUCUUAUUGGAAUUCUACCCGCAAUGCUUGUGGGACUGGUUGUGAAUGCUUUACUUCUUCUGUGCAUGUAUUGGAGGUUGUUAUUUAUUCAGAAAGAUGAAGAAGAUGCAAUUGGAAAAGAAGUAGCAGAUGAAAAUGAAAUUACUCAUUUAUUUUCACGAGCCACGAUGUCACUGUCUUCAUCAUUAAACUCUCAGGAUGAAAACACAGCUCAUGUUCACACAAUUAGAAACGGAGCGAGUUCUACUGAGAAUGAAAUGAUCCAGAUCGUAUCUAACAAUGCUGUCGAGUCAAGUUCAUUAAUGAUAACCGUGACAAAUGUUGAUCCUUCAGAGAGGAGUGAGAAAGUUCCACUUCUAUCAAACAAGCAAUAUAGAGUGGAGGCUGCAUCGUCUGUGGAGCCAUCAAAAUCAGAAGGGAAGGAAAACUACACCAAAAGGUGGAAAAGGACGAUGUGGAAACCAUGUGUGUACCUUGUUACCUUCGGAAUGAUGAUUUCUAUGCUUAUGGGUCUUAAUAUGUCCGGGACUGCAAUCACCGCUGCAGUCGUUCUUAUAUUUCUUGAUUUUAGGGAUGCUCAGCCUUGCCUAAAAAAGGUAUCAUAUCCGCUUUUAAUAUUCUUCUGCGGAAUGUUUACAACAAUGGAUGGCUUUAACAGGACUGGAAUCCCAAGCACUGUGUGGGACUUGGUGAAGCCAUAUGCAAAGAUCAAUAAUGUUUUCGGGAUAGCAGUUCUUGCCAUCGUCAUACUUGUCCUCUCAAAUUUGGUUUCCAACGUACCAGCUGUUCUUUUGCUUGGAGUACCCGUGGCAGCAUCAGCAAAUGCUAUUUCUGCAACCCAUGAGAAGAAGGCAUGGCUUAUUUUAGCUUGGGUCAGCACUGUAGCUGGGAACCUAUCACUUCUUGGAUCAGCUGCUAACUUGAUCGUGUGUGAACAAGCUCGCCAUGCUCCACUUGGCUGCAACUUAUCUUUCUGGAAACACCUUCAAUUUGGAAUCCCUUCCACUCUUGUAGUUACAGCUAUUGGUUUGGCAUUUAUGAUAAGCUAAAUUAUUAAACAUAAUAUAUAAUAGGGUAAAUUACAUAAAUAGUUAAACACGAUUUGAGUUUGCCUCUUGAAGUUUAAAAAGUGACAUUUAAUCGCCCUAGAAUGUGUAUAUAUGUCAUUCUGUAAUAUUCUUUAUAUGCCGUCUAUUAUAA